UUUUAGAUCCUUCCCUCACUCUCAAUACAAAGACACCUAACCACUGCAAACAAAAGCGAAGCCAAAGCGAAUAAAAAAAAACAAAAAGGAAAAUCUUCCUCUUGUUUUGCUUGAAUGGAGAUUUGAGCUCUGAAAGUACUGCAUUUGUGAGGUAUUUGCAGUUUCUCCUGAACUUCGAGAAAUGGGAAAAUCACCGGGAAAAUGGAUUAAGGCUGUGCUUUUUGGAAAGAAGUCUUCCAAAUCUGGUUAUCAUAAAGGAAGGGAGAAUGUUGCCAAUGUAAACGAGGUGUUGGUUUCAGCCAGGGCAUCAGAAGCUGAAGUCCCUGUGGCUCCUCCCUUCCCUUCACAGCUUAAUCAAUAUGCUAAUGAGAGAAAUGAGAGAGAUGAAAGGAAAUUAGAACUGGAAAACAAGGAGGCUGCAAAUAUCUAUAACGAUGACAGGAUAUCACUACCAGUGAGUCAAGGCAUAGGUUCUCAGGAAUCCACUCUUCAAGAUUUCCAAAAUGAUCCUGAAAGAAUGAAGCAAAAGCAAGCAGCAACCAUCGUUCAGGCUGCUUUUAGGGGUUACCUGGCUCGCCGAGCAUUCUGGGCCCUCAAAGGCAUUAUAAGGCUGCAGGCACUUAUUCGUGGUCACUUGGUUAGAAGACAAGCUAUUGCUACUUUGUGCUGUGUGAUGGGGAUUGUCAAGCUACAAAGUCAUAUUCGUGGAGUAAUGGCCAGACGUUCUGAUGGUGGUCUUGAAGUGCAUAAGAAAUACAAUCAAAUGAACCUCUGGGAAAGCAAGCCUGUGGUUUCUCUUGGAGUGAAUAUGCCUGCACGCAUUGGAAAGUUGUCUGCAAAUGCUUUUGUUCGUAAGCUUGUUGCUUCAUCACCUCCUGUAAUGCCUUUGCGCCUCCAUGAUGACACUGGGGAACCAAAUUCAGUCUGGAACUGGUUAGAGCGCUGGUCAGCAUCCUGCUUCUGGAAACUGGUUCCUCAACCAAAAAAAGCCUCUAAGUUGCAGAAGAAACAAGCUAACGGUCAAGUUGUUGAAACUGAUUCAGGUCGACCAAAACUGAGUGUUCGCAGGAUUCGUCCUGCAAAUCUGGAUGGUGGCUCGGUUCAAGCGACCUCUGAAUUUGAUAAGCCCAAGCGUAACCUGAGGAAAGUUUCCAGUCAUCCAGCCGAGAUGGCAGUGCAGGAAAACCCACAAAAUGAGCUUGAAAAGGUUAAACGCAACUUGAGAAAGGUUCAUAACCCUGUAGUAGAAAAUUCAGUGCAGUCACGGGUUGAACCUGAUAAGCCAAAGCAAAGUUUGGAGAAGUUCUCAAGCGCUACUAAUCCAGAUGUUGUGGAACAGAGUCUGAAUAGUUUGGCUGAGAAGGCAAACAAAGAGAUGGCCUCAACAGUGAAUAGCUCAGCCGAGAAGAUGAAGAAUGAGAUGGCCAUGACAGUAAAUAGCUCCACUGAGGAGAUGAAAAGAGAGACAACUUCAAUAAAGAGCUCAGCGGAGAAGAUGAACAAAGAGACAGCCUUGAAAAUAAAUAACUCAGCUGAGAAGAUGAUGAAAGAAACAUCAUUAAAUAGCUCAGCUGAGAAGAUGAGACAAGAGACAGCUGCAGAAAAUGGUUCAGCUGAAAAGAUGAAGAAAGAGACAGCCUUGACAGUAAAUAUCUCAGCUGAGAAGAUGAACAAAGAGACAGCCUUGACAAUAAAUAACUCAGCUGAGAAGAUGAACAAAGAGAUGGCCAGGACAGUGAAUAGCUCAGCUGAGAAGAUGAGACAAGAGACAGCUACAGUAAAUGGCUCGGCUGAGAAGAUGAAGAAAGAGACGGCCUUGACAGUAAAAAGCUCGAACGAGAAGGUGAAGAAAGAAACAGCCUUGACAGUAAAUAACUCAGCUGAGAAGGUUAAGAAAGAGAUCGCUUCAACAGUGAAUGGCUCAGCUGAGAAGAUGAAAAAAGAGACCACUGUGGCAGUUUCGAAAUCACCUGACAUUGAAACUAUGCUGGGGCCAUUAGGGAGGAAUGAGACAUCAGAUUUAUUUCAUGCAGAUCCUUUUGUUGCUGAUUCAAAGCCUUCGAUAGAUAGUAUCGUUAAGGAUGAAAAUAAUCCCAUAGCAAACGUGGAGCUGAACAGGAAGGGCGAUUCAACCAACAAUGAGAAUCAGAAGUCUGGCAAGAAAGCUUCUAAUCCUGCAAAACAAGAUCAUACUGAGAAUGGGCCUCAAAUCAGUCCUGCACUGCCAAGCUACAUGGCAGCAACUGAAUCUGCCAAGGCUAAGCUGAGACUGCAAGGCUCUCCUCGAUUUAGCCAGGAUGGAGGUGAAAAACAUAACCUCGCUCGUCGCCAGUCCCUGCCAAUUUCAGCCAAUAGUAAAAUCAACUCACAGUCACCAAGGACGCAGAGACUGGUUCAUGCAGGGAAGGAAGGGAGCAAAAGCGACAGACCACUGUCAUCCAGAGACAGAAAUGCCAAGGCGACUCAAGUAGAGUGGAGGAGGUGAUCUUAUUGAGAUUUGAGGAGUUGUUGGCACUAUUAGGUUCAAGAUUCAUAUGCUUUGUGGUGUAAAUUAAUAGAACUUGCUUUGAAACUGAAACCGGGUCGAUAGGAUGUGUGCGCGGGUUGAGUGCCUCUGAAAAUUCAAUGUUUCUCAGUGUUUGUGAGUGAAUUUGAGUGUAAAUCAAUAGAUUUUGAACUUUCAAACAUGCCGCAAAAUAAUCAUCGUUGUGAUAAAUUGCUUCAUUUCGUUUGUUUCUUCUAAA